AUGAUUCUAUGGCGCACUGUUUCCAGAGACGAGGAUGUUCAAGAAGACUGGGGUUGGAAACUCGUGCAUCGAGAAGUUUUCCGUGCACCCAGAUACCCAAUGGUGUUCUCCGUUAUGGUAGGAAAUGGCGCUCAGUUGUGCGCCAUGUGCGCUGUUACCCUUGUCUUCGCAUUGCUGGGUUUCCUCUCACUUUCAAACCGGGGUUCUCUUGCAACGGUCAUGAUGGUGAAAUAUGCAUCACUUGGUGGCGUUGAUAAAAGAAAGAAUACAUUUCUUACAGCCACCAUUCUCCCGAUGCUGGUAUUCAUAGUGAUCUUUUUGUUGGACUUUUUCCUUCUCAUUGCCGGUUCUCCAGGGGCCGUUCCAUUCUCCACUACGCUCUUGAUCGUCGUCCUUUGAUUUGGGAUUUCUG